CCGGAUGUUGACGGUGGAAGUCCCGCUAUGCUAGCGGCUAGCUGCGUUAGCUCGCCCUCUCUUCACCGAUGGCUCCUCCCACUCGAACACGGUUCUGUUCAGCAUGAACGUUAGCCUGCUAGCUUCCGGCCGGACAGGAAACCGGGAGAGUCACAUCAAAGCACCGGAUCGACUGACGCUAACAGAACCCUGCACAUCUAUAAGUCCGCUGGUCCACUGGUCCGCUGUGGCCACGCCCUGACUCACUGAGCUCAUCAUCAGCUUUACUCUAAGCAGAUGACGUCACUUCCUUCAGACGUGUUUGUGGGACAGCUGUAAUUUGCUUCCUGUCCUGAGGGGGGCGGUGAAGAACAAGAAAUACCGGAAGAAGAGGAAACAGGAGAAGAAGAAACAGAAAAAAGAAGAGGGAACAGAAGAAGAGAAGUCCGAACAACAAGGAGAAAAAGAGACAAAAUGCAUCAGUGGGAUGUGUCUCUGUUCUCAGUUACUCCAGCUGCCAGUCUGUUGUCCAGAUGUGUCUCCAGAGGAGCUGUGUCUCAGGAGGAAAUAGACUCAGUCUCCUCAAAGCGAAGCCCCGCCUUCUCCUCUCACCUGCAAGAGGCCGAGCAGCGAAUCAGAGCAGUCAAACAUCUGGAUGAGCUGCUCUUGGAGGCGGAGCUUCUGCAGGUAGUGAAGGAGAGUUCUGAUGUCACACACACACGUUCCCUUGCUGGCAGGUUCCAGAUGUUGCAGAUGUUGAGUGAUCACCUGCAGCAGCUGCUGAAGGAGCUGAACAGUCUGAGACAGAGACUGACCACGCCGCUGGGCCACGCCCACCUGCCCGUCCACGCCCACCUGCACAGGUGUGUGCUGGAGGUUGUGAAGAUGUCUCUGGACUUCAUGGAGACUCUGGAGGAGAAGCUGGACUCGGUCCACAGCUCCACCACAGACCAACUGUCUCAGCUGAGUACCUCUCUCGCCCAGCUGCUGGCUCAGACGGCCGACUUACAGAAUCUGUCCAAUCAGGUUCCUCAGUGGAGAGACGUGCACCUGUGACCUCUGACCCCUCACAUUUACUUUUUCUAAUAAACUCAGUUUGUGGUGGAAACUGUUUUCUGUUUAGUUGUU